UCUCAACCAUUUUGCCAGACUCAUUCAUACUACUUGAUCAUGUCGUACAAUCAACCUUACCCCCCGCCGAAUCGUAUGUUCCCCUUAUCAUCACUACUAUAGUUCCUCCCGUGGCACCGACGGACUGACUUGAUUUUGCCUAAAUAGAACCUCCGUAUCCUUACGGUGCCCCUCCGGGCCAUCCUCACACUCCGUAUGCUCAACAGCCGCACCCAGGCUACGGCGGGCCCCCUCCUCCAGGUCAAUAUAAUCGACCACCUCCUGCGCAUCCCGGCCAAUAUGAUCGACCUCCACUAGCACCUCCAGGCCAGCCAGGCUAUCCUCCGCACGGACACCCCCCGGCAAGCCCCGGAUACCACCCGCCGCCUCCAUCCCACUCUCCAUAUGGAGCGCCCCCGCAACAAUUCCCUCCCCAAGGAGGUGCAGGAUAUCCACCGGGUCCUCCCCUGGGGCCUUAUGGUGGUGGCCCAGUAGGGGGCUAUCCAUCCCAACACCCACCACAACAGUUCCACAGCGCUCCACCGCCCCAGCCAUCCCCGGGCUACGCUCCUGGCCAGAUUGCCCCCGGCGACUUCACCCGCGAGGCAGAUGGCCUGCGCAAGGCGAUGAAGGGCUUCGGAACAGAUGAAAAAUCGCUCAUCCAGAUCCUAUCAAGAGUUGAUGCGCUCCAGAUGGCCGCCAUUCGCCAGACCUAUUCCAACUAUAUCCGUCGCGAUCUGUAUAAGGACGUCAAAUCCGAGACAAGCAGCUACUUCCGUGACGGCUUGCUUGCCGUCAUUGAUGGCCCACUGAUGCAUGACGUGACUUCCGCUCGCGAUGCGGUUAAGGGAAUGGGCACAAAGGAAUGGUUGCUUAAUGAGGUCCUGGUGGGCCGGUCGAAUGCGGAUCUCAAUGCCAUUAAAGCCGCAUAUCAGCGCACAUACAGCCGUUCUCUCGAAAAGGAUGUCCAGAGUGAUUUGUCGUUCGAGACACAAAACCUCUUCGGAAUGAUACUCCGCGCAAACCGCCACGAAGAAUCCUUCCCGGUUGACCCCCGUACUAUUGAGGAAGAAACGAAGUCACUGCACUCUGCCACAGCUGCCCGUAUGAGGAACAACGUCCAAGAAGUCUGCGGUAUCUUUGCUCGGUCGUCGGACAACGAACUGCGUGCCAUUAAUCAGGCCUUCGGCGCCCGCUACAACACCUCAUUGGAGAAACACAUUGAGAAAGAAUUCUCAGGGCACAUGAAAGACGCACUGCUUCAACUGCUACGUGGCGCACUGGAUCCAGCCAUGCGCGAUGCCGAAUUGCUGGAGGACUGCAUGAAGGGAAUGGGCACGAAAGACGACAAGUUGGUGAGCCGCGUUGUCCGGAUGCACUGGAAUAGAGCGCAUAAGGAACAGGUCAAGCGCGCUUAUCGCCACCGGUAUGGGAAAGAUUUGAUUGAGCGGGUUCGUGGCGAAACAAGUGGUGAUUACCAGAGAUUGAUGGUUGCCCUGCUGGAGUAGUCCUUUUCGCUUGAUGACUGUAUGUACUAAUGAUGAUGGGUACGGAAUGGGUACGGCUUGGUUUGGGUGGACUUGUGUUUUUCUCUUGUUCUUGACUACUUGUGUCAUCUAAUGGGUGCAGUUUGUUGAUACCACCAGAUGUCUGUUCCAUACCCUGGACGGCUUCUGCUUAUAAUAUUGUUACAGCUAUGUUAAUGCAGCAAGGUAUUAAAUUCAAGUUUUCUUUGACGAAUUGCGUAUUAUGUUACAUAAAAGCAAGUCUAUUUUCAAUAACCCUAGUGAAAUAUAUUGAGCUGCCAAAAUAUGGAUGAAAG